AUGCGCAGCCUCUCGCUAGCCGCAGGGCUGCUCACCGUAGCCCUUGCUGCGGGAACAGCAGUCGCAUAUCAAGAUCAACAAGCGUUCAGUCUACCACAACAGGACAACGCCGAGCGUAUUACCUUUGCAUCCUCUUCGCACACGGCCAACUUCAAAGGGCAGAAGGUGGUCAGAUUCAGCACGAGCAGUGAGAGUCAACACAAGCAACUCAUCCAACAAGCUCACAGUCUCGGGCUGGAUGUGUGGGGUGCACAACUGGGAGCUGCUUGCGGAACCGACGUCUUGGGAUGCGUCGAUAUUCGAUUGGCGAGCGACACCCACAAUGAGGAUCCGCAGCGCCUGUCUGCAUCCUCAUCAGAAGAGAUCCUUGCCGGUCUCAUGCAGCCUUUUGCAGAGCAGCAUCAUUCACCGCGGACGACGACGUUGAUCGAAGACCUCGACCAGCUUGUCUCGGAGCAACGGUCACAGCGUCAAUCUGGAAACCAAGUGACAGCCAUGAGGCGGAGUCAAGCAUGGCACCACGAGUACCACUCCUUCGACGAGAUCGUCGAGUACAUGCGCAUGCUCCAGCAGAGCUACCCUUCGCACGCCAAAGUCAUCGAGAUUGGCAAGACGCACGAAGGACGGCCCAUCCUCGCGCUGCAAAUCUCGAACGGGUUGGAUGCUCCCGCGCCACCAUCUCCGCCUUCGGACCCAGAACCGGAGCCGCAACCCGACCCACCGUCCAACAUCUCUUCCACGGAUCAGAAGCUCGGCAUCGUCAUCACAGGUGGUCAGCACGCUCGCGAAUGGAUCUCCACCUCGUCCUCUCUCUUCUUCGCCUCCGACCUCCUUCGUGCUGCUCUCGGCGCCCCCUCCUCGCCCAAUACCACCUUCUCCCCCGACAACCUCUCAGCGCUGAAGAAGAAAAAGGGCAAGAAGGGGCGCAAACCGCGUCGCAUCCCUCCCACAUGGACCCGCUCCUCGGCCCGCACCAUCCUCAGCACCUUCACCAUCACCGUCAUCCCCGUCACCAACCCGGACGGCUACGUCUACUCGUGGGAUCACAACCGCAUGUGGCGCAAGAAUCGACAGCCCAACAAGUUCCCCGGUGGAAUUUUCUGCAAGGGGGUGGAUCUGAAUCGCAACUAUGGCUACGAGUUUGCGUCUGGUGGGUCGGCGUGUUCCGAGAUGUUUGCGGGAACCGAGGCGUUCAGUGCGGAAGAGACCAAGGCGGUGGCGACGUUUUUGGGGGAUGAAGCGAACAAUGUUCGGGGGUAUGUGGAUUUGCAUAGUUAUGGACAGUUGAUGAUGUACCCGUACAGUUGGAGUUGUGACGAGGCGGUGGCGGACGAGGAGGAUCUGUUGGAGCUCAGCUUGGGUGCAGUCUCCGCGCUCAAGCGGGUCCACGGGAGAGCGUUCAACGUGGGCAAGAUCUGCCAGGUUUAUGCGACAGGUGGUGGCAACGCCGUCGAUUGGAGCUACGCUAGCGAAACAGCCGUCGAUGGGUCGGGAAAGAGCAAGAUCAAGUGGAGCUACAGUGUGGAGCUGCGCGACGGGGGAACGUAUGGAUUCCUGUUGCCAAAGGAACAGAUCGUACCUGCCAGCGAGGAGGUCGCUGCUAGUUUGGCGUAUGUGUUGGAGUUCAUUAGGAAGAAGGAUUCCCGUUUGAGGGUCGGGUAG